GGGCUCGAUCUUGGCUAUUUGUGUCGUUUCGUCCGCCCUCAGCAGAGGUCGAUGCAGUCGAUGUGGUGUGACGUUCCUCUGUUUGACUGUAAAUUUGACUGUAAAUUCGUUCAAUGAUCGUUUAAGUUACAAUGAUAACUCUCACGUCCACUGGAAUUGCAAUACUACUGUUGGGCCUCGCUCAAGAUUUCUUGUCUGUUCCGUUGUUUGUGAGAGGAGAAGAUCAAACGCCUGAUAGAACUUCUCGUGAUCGACGAACCAUUUGCCACUAUCUCUGUAGUUCUAAGAGAAAUGAGCCCUUCAGAAAGGUACGAUUUAGCAUUCAUCAUUUAGAUUGGAAAGCUAUUUUUUGGUCUACUUAUUCUGUUAUUGCGCAUAGCAAAUCAUAAUUAUUUCACCUUAAAGGCCAUUGUAUUCGCUUCUUCGAUGUGUUUGGUAGAAAGUGGGAUGAAAUUGCAGCUUUUAGUUGUGUGAUCGUGAAAAAUUCGAAAACUUAUGCUCUCUUAACUCUACCAUGGCUCAAUGUCAGCAAAUGCUUGCAGUUCCUCCUUCCCUUUGUCGAGCUUACUUUGACUCAGAAUCACACCGAAGCCAUGCUGCCCCGAGGAAUCUAGAGGGAUAACCUGUAUAACUUUAAAAUCUUUCCUUUACACAUGAUUGUUCCCAUGACUGAUAUUCAUUUAGGCAACCGUAAAAAUUGUUGUGGUUCGAGCCAAGAUCAUAAUGAAACAGACACUCAAUUGUGAGAAUACGUAGUAGAUUGAAUCGGUAGCCGGUUAUUCAAUUUUUAAAAUCUCUCGUUUAGAUAUUUUAUUCUAUUUUAAGCUACGGAAAGUAAAGAAUCACAGACAACUCGCCGAGACCAAGUUACAUUAAAAUGUAAUCGUGGAACGGACAUCAUCGCUUAAACGAACGAGUUUAUUCUUCGAAAGAACACGCGAAUUAGUAAUUUAAUAUUUGACGAAAAAGAAGUCACGCUAUUUGCAAUGCACACACACUGACACAGUGUCAAGCUUUUGCGGUUAAUAUUCGUACAUAUACGUGGACUGAGACUAUCGUGAAGGCUUUAAAGUUAUUAAUAAUUUACAUACAACGGUAUAAACCAAUUUAUUAUAAUUGUUUUGUUCUAUUCCUUAGACGGAAUAGAAUCAAAUGCACUGAAUUGAGAACGAGUUCCUUUCUCCACCAGCUGUCUCGCAUCUUGUCAAUUUCACGGCCGUUUCUGAUUUAUUUCCUUGCAAUAGUUGUUUUAAACACAAAGGGUUUUAUCAGUAAAGUAGUAUCUAAUUAUAAACCUGCUUGCAACAUGGGAAUGCAAAUUUAUAUACUGCAUGAUGUUUUGUCUAGCGAGUUGGUAAAAUUAAUUACAGGUACGGCCUCCCAAUUGCAUUUUCCCCGAAUGCAGCCGGCUCUCUACUACAAGUGUUAAGCUUUUUUCACGCUGGAGAAAUAUUAACUUCCAUCUGGACAGACAUCAAACAUCCCACCCUGUUUUACCGGCAGCGCCAAUGAAAACAUCUUAAAUCUACAGCUCUAGUGGUUUAAUUUUCUGAGAAAAGGAAAAAGUGAAUUUGGCCCUUGGCGAAUGCUGUGGAAUAAAUGAUUGAUCACUUGUUUUUUCGGCAGGUGGUUGACUUAUGUAUGGAUCUUUAUGUUUGUAAGCGUUGCUUAACCAGGCAUGAAGAAGUUUUGAAGACUUUAAGACUUGAUUAAAGUUGAAAUAUACAUACAUGGAUUACAUAAGUUUCUUACAAUUCGAAAUAUAGGCUUUUCAGUUACAAAAUUUCUUACUAUAUUAAUACUCGCUUACAAGUAACGAUUAAAACUGAUGAAGAACAGAAAAGAAUUACAAAAAAAUACAUCAACAAAAUGCUGGUGAAUACGUAAUUGUGCAUUGAAAGGAUAAUGUAUAAUUUAUUCAAGUAUUUUUAAAAUUUUACCAUACAAAAGUUUGUUACCUAUAGAAGCGUAUUUUGGAAAGGGCGUUCAACAACGUUCACAUCGCUAACAGACCCAAAGCUCUUGCUUAAGUAACUAUAUAUAUAUUUGUCCGGUCCUGAUAAACUAAGGUGUAUAAACUUCUGUCUGUGUUUAUAAUCUCUGUCCACUCGAGUACGGUCUAGUAAACAGGGUCCAAAAAAGUGCUUCACGGAUGAAAUAAGGUUUUUUGCAGAGAGUGGUAAACUCAUAUUGACCAUUUCGACUACUUUGCAGUGUUGGCUUUCUACCAACUUGUUCAAAUUUCCACCUGCCUGACAUUGAAAUUUCGACUUCCCGUGUUCUAGAUUAUGACUUCCUACAAACACAUUUGGACUAGCUUAACUAGCUAGCAGUCACUCUUCUGUAAAAAAGAAAAAAAAAAAACACCUGAUUGUUUAAUAUUUUCAACGGCUUUUGUUUGUUUGUAUAUUUGUUUUAUCACUUCUCAAUUCACCUGAGAUUUUUCAAGAGGGUAAGAGUGAGAAGGAAAACCGCCGCGCGUAGAGAUAUUAUGUACGAACCCUUUACAGAAAUUCGUUAAGUGCUGACUGUAUUAUACGAUUAUGAAAAGCCUAGUAAACAUAUAUUGACCUGUAUCAGAAACCCAUAAGGGGAUGAAACGUGUAACUCGCGUUCAAUGCUCGUGAAUAUUCAUUUUGACCAUAUUUGGAAACCUUAGUCAAUGGUGACGGAUAUCCAUUUUCAACAAAAUGGCUGCUGCGCGAUCACCAUGCAGAUGUUUUAAGACAAGAGUUCUGCAUUUCAAGGUUAAAAAUACACCGUUAAAAGACAAAAUUCAAAAAAAAAAAUUCAAAAGAAUUCUCAGCUUUCUUUUUGUGGAGAAAGGGAAGCUUUUCAUCAAGAAAUCGUCCUUCGAGGAAUUCAACCUUGUUUUCUUCACGGCGGAGAUCAUGGUCUGUUUUGAAAUGCAACCAAGUCAGCGAAGUUUUUGCUGAAUUUUUAGGUACAUUUUGCACUCUAUGGCCAAGACAGUUACGUUUUUGAAAGGGAAUUUAUGUAUUUUUAAAUGUUUCAUAGACGUUUUAUAAAUUGUGACCUUCCACAGGAAUUUGAUGCUAAAGGUGAAAGCACGCUCACGACACGCUUGCACGACACGCUUAGCGUGCCGUAGAUCACGGAUAUGCGCAUAUUAAAUUGAAAAAACAAAGACGGACACACUUGCCUUUGUUUUGAUAAAUUUAACACGCUAGACGUUUUGUUUUUUUGUAGCGUGCCAUAUGUCACGGUAAGUGUGCGAAUUAUAGCACGCUUAGCGUGCAGUUGGGGUAAGACAUGUAAGAUCGUAAGAUCGUAACCAUAGCCAUUUGAAAAUCAUCACUUAAUGGUCGUCUAGCCUGGAAUUAAUGCGAGAUCAGUGUAAACCAAUUUCUCCGGCUGUCUGCUGUUGACCGGAAUCGCAAAGAGGCGUGCUAUCGCAUGCGAGGCACUAAAGCAUAGUUAAUUGAGUGGAAGGUUAUGAAACCCGUCAGACUCCUUUGUUAUAUGUUUUUGUGGACCUGAAAGUGCACAACGUUCAAAAGAAUUCCUAUCAUUUUGAUUGUAUUGAGCAAUAAAAACGUUGCAUUACUUUAUUCCGUUUUUUCUUUAAGCCAUGCUGAGACGAACGAAGGUAAUUAAAUCGGAGAAACAAAGACUGCCUAGAAUUUUCUAUAGGUUGAGGAAGGCUAAACAUUUCUAGAUGACCGUUCCAUGCAUAUACAAUUUUCGAAGCUUAUCUAUCCCUAGCUAUUUCUCGUAGAGAAAGGAAUCCCAAAAUUUUCGAACCGAAAAUACGAUGAAAUUCCCACUUUCCUAAAACUUUCAAUUGGAAGCUAAAUUUUUCGGGAAAAUAAUGCUGAAGCCCUUGUAAUUUCUUCCCAUAAAUCCAGUAGGUUCCACCGUUCACUGUUUAUACUUUUCAAGCGACAACGAUUUUUCAAUCAGAUACUAUUGCUGCGAUCGCUUAGGUAGAACUUUUUCUUUCUCGAUAGUUACCAAAAAAGGGUGCCGUUCAUAAUCAUUGACGGUUCCUUUUUGUAGGGGAAAUUUAUUUAGCCUAUAGAUAACACGCCUUGCGUGGUUUUGCGCACACUGAAAGCGUGUUGUGCUUUUUCGCACGGAGCUUUUGUUUGAAAACUUUAACACGCUCUUUUGUUCGACUUGCUCACGCUUAAUUGUCUCAAGCGUGUCCUCUGAAACUAAAGAAAUUGCUAAUGAGGCAAGAUUGCAAGCGUGCUAAAGCGCGUUAAAAUAAAUUCUUUUGUUUUAAAGUGAAAGCGUGUCGUGCGCGUGCUUUCACCUUUAGCAUUAAAAUCCUGUGGAGGGUCACAAUUUUUCUCCGGCGCUAAAGAAAAAUUACAAAAUGUGCCCUGAUUUGAGAUGGAUUUUGUGUUGAAUUUUGCCAUGUGCUUAGCCUAUUUCACUUGUGUGAACGGAUCCACAACCCAGAUAGUGUUUUCCGAAUUGCUUUAAAGGAUUAACUUUUUGGACUUUGAAUAAAAAUUUUCAAGAAACGGCUUGUCUGUCUAUUGUUUUGAGUUUGUUCAUUCAUAAAAUUAGCUCAAAACAUGAUCGUGACUACAACAUCUAAGUUUAAUAUUUAAGCAUUUAAAAUGCUUCUCACAUUCAUUACAAGCAUCACUUUUUGCGAAGAUGUCAGGUUCAGGUUUUGGACACUCUUCGAUAAGCAGCUAAUGAAUUUUAUUCGAAAAUAUUUUUCACUGUUUAUUCUAGACUUUUAACAUAAGAAUUUUAAAAGCCUAUUUGCAGUAUAAGUUUACUGUGCAGAGGGUCAACGAGGCAUCGUUUUUUGAAGUGACAACUUCAAGAAGUUGCGAGGCCGUCAAUGGGUUUCAUAAUGUUACGUUUGGCCCGGGCGGUAAGGCACUAAUAUCCUGCUCAGUGUUUCGGUAAUAUUCCUGGUUUCAACCUUUGAAAGCUUUCUCGGCUUUCGUGAGUUUUUCUCCCGUUUGUCGGCCAUUUUUUUGAGCGGGCGAGGGAUCGGCGGGAACCUGAAGGAAAAUUACGUCACGUUGUUUACGAAAUUUGAUUCGUCAGUUACCUCUUCUUCUCGUUCCAAAUAUGGUACUUUCGAAAAUGAAUAAUCACGAGCAUCGGACAAAGCAAACAUAUGAGAGUUACACGUUUCAGCCCCUUAUGAGUUUCUGCCUGUAUUGAAACACCGUGCUUGAAAAAAAUCGACGGGCAGAGCAAUUGUCGCGUACGAAAGAACAACGCCAGGAGCUUAUGAAGUUAGAGGCUCCUGAAAACGUUAAUAACUAGGCAAGAAUUUGAAUUAAUAGGAUGCCCGAAGGCUUUAAGCGCAAAGUCCAGUUUAUUUUGGUCGUUGAGAAGAUUUCUAUUAAUGUGUACGUGUAGGAAGUCCAAAUUGUGACGUCAAAGACGACGAAGGUUAAUAUGCAGCUAGGACCCAGUUUUUCAACGGCCGAUUAGCAGCAGCCCAGGGUUAAAAUUUGAAUCAGAGUUUCUUUUUCCCUUGUUCAAACGCAUUUUCUCGCAUAACUUUUUCAAUUUUUGGUAGAGCAAUUUUCAAUUUGCUUUUUGAGCUCUGAUAUAUGAACUUCAAAUUUUGCGCUAGCCCUGGGUUACCUUAACCCAUCUUAGAACAACCCGGCCCAGAAGUUUAAAAUUCGCAUGCAUAUAAGCAAUGCAAGCGUGCCCAUUCCCUUCCGGGGUGCAGUUCAAGGGCAUUUUUCAAAUCGUGUGUUCCCGGGCCCACGGUGGGCCAUUUAUCAUCAAGGGUGUGCCCAGGGUGGGAAAUUUGUCAUCGAAGAAUUUAAUAUAUUCUACCACAGUUCAAAAAACAACAAGAAGACAAGAAUAGGUUAUAACAUGAUAGGUCUCAUAGGUUGUUGGACUACCAGGUUAAGAGGCUAUACAGGGAGGAAGAUCCGAAAAGGCGGAACGACUUUUCGUUGGUUGAUGCAGAAGUGCGGUCCGUAUGGUUACCAAGUAGAUAGGGAAUUAAAGAAUGACGGGCAACAAUACCAAAAAUGUAAUUCGGGCCCUUCUGCUCCCUUUACUGGCAUCAGUAACUCCCUUCAGCAGAAUUAUGAUAAUUAUCAGCUCGUGGUAACGCAAAACGAAAUAGUCAGCCUUUAUUGCCUUGAUUACCCACUAAACGACCCGCCGUCAUUUUUGUCUGGUUUGUCACUAGAACUAGGAUCUUCCUAGCGAAAGCAGUUUACAUGGUGCUAGGAUCUUCCUACCCCUCAGCUAAGAUCCUAGCGCUAGUAUAGGGACAGGUGGGAGCCUUUGCAUGUAAACUGAAUACAGAAAACAUAUGCUGCUAGAAUGAUCCACCCUCUAGGAUCUUCCUCCCUCCAUGUAAACAGCUUCUAAUUGUUUCUUGUAUUAUUAUUGCUUCAGGGAACUUCAUUUGAUCGGUGUUUCAGAGAAUGUUCACUCAAGAAAAGAAAAGGUAAGGCUUAAACACAAACGGCCUAAUUAAUUAUAACUAUUGCCGACUGAACAGAAUUUUUCCUUUUUCUAGAUUCAGGUGAAAGUUUAUCUUCUGUUGAAAUAAAGGAGGAUUUGAACUUUGCAAUGACAAGAUCACGACGGGACACCAAAAAUUCGUUGCCAGGUAGGAAAACGGUCGUGUUUCAUCAAAAGUUGAGUAUUGAACGACGACAGUUAUAAAAUAUAAUAUUUCAAUGCGGAUCUCUUCCGUAAGACGUCCUGUGUUGUAUUGUGUAAUUACUUGGGAUUCCUGCGGAACUCUCAAGUGGGAAAUUGCGAUAUUAGAGACCUUUAAGAAACUACGAAGGCGACGACAAGGAAAACGUCAAGAAAGUAAUAGGUUUAAUGAGAAAAACAACAACUCAGCACGUGCAUCACGCUUUUUUGUACAUUUCUUUGCCGUCCCUGUACGUGACCAAAUUUUAAGCUUACUUGAGAACGAGAACGGCAAGGCAAUAAAUUCUACCUGAUCUCUGUCUAAAUUCGGGCGCGAUCCCCUCUCUUUAGCUCCAACCAAAAUUCCCUUCUUUUAAGUAACAGGGCGAAUUGGGAUAAUCGCGAAAAAGUUGAAAAGGAUGUGAAGUCUAUUUUUCAGCGAGGUUUCGCCGUUGUUGAAUCGUAAAGUCCCUAUUGCAGAAUGCUGGUGCGUUUGGUACGAUGUUUAUGCUCACAUAUCUUCGCGAAACCGAAUUAGGAGAAACCUUUUUGAUCAGCUCAUAGCAAAGCCCAAGAGUAGACUACGACAGCGGUUUGUGCAAAAAAAACAAAACAAAACAACAACAACAAUAUAGCAGCAACAACAGCAAAAGCAAAACGUUGAUGGCGCAUAUACUUACGCCUGUAAUUCGAAAUUGCCCAUUUCUUGACGUCACUUUUUUCGUACAAAAAAAUAAACUUAUUGGUUAAUUACAAGAAUUUGUUUUCUCAACACAGGUUGCCCAAACAUUGAUACUAAGCAUGAAGGUCUUGGAUACAUCUUGGAAAAGGACAUGAUAAGUGUGGAUUUUAAGAAAAUGAAACCGAAUCUUACUAUUGAGUGGGAACCGGAACGUAAAAGUAAGUGAGAUAGGUGGUUACACUGUGAAAGUAAACUAUAGCUUCCCUUCACACGGUCAUUCAAGAGAUUCUCUCUUUCGUGGUCUGUGGGUUUUUGAUUCUUUUUCAAGAGAGUAAAACGAGACAAAGAAAUGAAAGCUUCAGUUUUGCUUAGUACUUCCAAAACAGCUGCUUCUGAUUACAGAAUGCACACACGUAACGCAUAAGAGUAUCAAACUAUGACUUUACAAUGACUGUCACAAAAUCAACCCAAGCUGUCCCUUUGGGAAUUUCUGUUUUACGUCAUCUUAACCAUUUCGUACUUGCUAGCGUUCAGCAGUUUUUAGGGCUAAAACGUCAUCAUCACCCAACGAUUCCUCGCGUCCCCCAGUUUAAGCAAAUCGUGAUUUUUUUCUGGUGUACUAACUACAUACUGUAGCUUUAAGUACUUUCCUAUAUAUGUUAUAGGUCAAAUUUGAUUUCAGGUUGCAAUUUUUUAAUUUGGGUUGAUUCUGAAUUCCCCUUGUCUUCUAGGGCUAGGAGAUAAAAGGAAAUUCAGAAUCCCUCUAGGUUUAAUCAAAAUUAACGUGAAAACUAAUUUGACCUGUAACAUAUACGCGCGAGCUACUAGGAUGCCUCCUCCGGAUUUUGCCCUCUGGGCAAAAACCCUGCGAGGACAAUUAUGUGGCGGCUCUUUCAGAUGGUUACAACUGGACUUCCUAUGGUUUGCUUUAUCAUGGCUUAAAAGUAGAUCAGCCUGCCUGCAUAAUAGUACCAAAAGUGAGUAUCUAUACUAAAUUACUCCUCCUUAAACUCGGAACGGCGAGAAGCCAUUUGACAUCGUCUGUACCUGUUUUUCUGCCUCCUUUGGUCAUUAUUGAAAAAUUGUACAAUACUUCCAACUUAAUCAUUUUCCGACUCAAAGUUGUUUAGGUGGGGCAGAUGUGCGAAACUUGGGGUAUAGUACUUACCAUUUGCAUGAGACAACCGGAAAUUCCGGUUGGAAAAUCAAAUGGAUCGCCCCAUUCCGUUUGUGAAGCUUCAGAAAAGGUAGACUUUGACCUGAGGCGAUGCAAUUUUUAUUCUCUCAGAAUCUAUUCUGCUUAUCUGUUCUCCCACCACGUCAAGUUUCAGUUUUAUCAGCAGUGGCAGAUCCAGGGGAGGGGCCCGGGGGUCAGCACCCCCUUAUUCUUAGACCAAACUGAGGCCCGAAUUAGUUUUUAUGCAAAAGACUUCCACUCGGGUGAUUAGUGUAAAUGGUAAGCACCAACCUUGGUUUCCCUGAAUUCUUACUAGGGCGCUAUAUAACUGAACAGUAAUUUUAUAUUUUACAUUUACAUUGUUACCGGCUCAACUUUCGCGCUACAAAGUUACAUUUCCUGUCAAGGUCUGCGCAUAUCCUUGCAUUACUCUACCGAGUAAAGUAAAAAUAAAUUGUGUUGGUCACGAUAAAAAAAUACUUCAAAGAUGAUGACUUCAGUUCUUCCCCUUUGUCAGACAGCCUCCUACGCUGAGGUUUGCUGCCAAUAACUGUUUUGAUACUGACGUAAGGUACAUAUAUGGGAACAAACCUAACCUUAAGCACGUGGAAGCACUAGGCUAAUCAUUAUGGUCGGCUGUGCGUUACCGUAGUAAUCACUAUUAUUGUCAGUGUUUGACCAUAAUCAGUGUUUUAAGUGCUUAGCCUAAUCACUAUUUACAGGGCGUAACCAUAACUUGACACAUAACUUGAUUCAUGACUCCUUAACUCAUUUGACUCAUAAAACAAACUUUCCCGGGACGCACAUAAUAUAGCAAUUAUCUUGUUUUGCUCAAGGAUCGCUACAAGGAUCCGUACCGCAGGGAUAAGCUUCAAUGGAUUAUUGCAGAUGGAGAAGGUGCUUGGAAGUAUCCUGACCCCAUCGUCCUUGUGGUAAGGAGCUAGCGCUAUGCUGUAUAUUUUUGCGUGGAUCUGGCCACGUUAAUUUAUAGCCCUUAACUUGCUAGUACAAAGAUAAUUUAAUUGCUAUUAAUACUAAUUUGAACUUUGCAGUCGGUGUGAGACCUUAAUUUCCCUUUCGUAAAUGGUCGUCGUGAUUUUUGAGAGUUGAUUCGCCCCUUGCAAGGGAAUCCAAGACAGUCUUGGAUUCUGGAUUUCACGCCGUGGAUUCCGGAUUCUAAGUACUGGAUUCCAGCCUUUGUCGAUCAGUGGAACUUCGAUUCUGGAUUCCAAUCGUUAGUGGGAUUCCGGAUUCCUUAAACUUUUUUUCCGGAUUCCAAAGCCCAGUUUCCAGAUUCCACGAGCCAAAUUUUCCCGGAUUCCGUAAUCGCGAUUCCCUUACAUGGAGCGGGUUGAUGCCAUCAUUGGUGAUGGGUGAUCCUAGGAUAGAUUCCUUAAAUAAAGUCACAAUAUCUAGAGCAAAAGACUACUUCUUCACGCCCAAGUUGAAUUUAGGUUUAAUUUGAUUACGUUCAGGAGAGGCCUAGGCUCACCUCUCAAAGAUGUAUCAGUGACAUUAAGACAAAUCUAAAUGAAGAUAUGAUCAUCGCAGUUGCAAUCACAAUUUAAUUAAAUUGCAAAUUAAUUAUAAGCUCGAACAAAAAUGAAAAAAAAAAUAAUAAUAAUAAUAAAAUGGGGCUUCAACGGCAUCGAAACCCAUGGCCUCAGCUGUGUCGGCAAUGUGUUGCUCUACCAACUGAGCUAUAAAGACCCAUACUUCGGGAGAGGGCCAGUUUUUUGAGUUUAUCUUUAACACAUGAAAGCCUGAAACGUUCUCAAUUCUAAGUUAUGCUUAUACUUUUUUCGGAAUUUUGUCGGUGGCAAUGGUGACGGAUAGCGGUUAGUGUACGAAAGGCCGGGGUCUGAUUCUUCUGAUCAGGGACAGGGUUUUAAAAAACCGCGAACCAAGUUAUGAUUAUUUAUCAUAGGUAUUGUUUCGUUAUUAACAUGCUGCUUUGAUUAAUUACAAAUGUUUUGUAUACUCUAUUAAAGAGUCGAUUGAAAACGCUUCUUUUUUUUAUAUCUAAUGAAUUAAGUAUGUAUCAGACCGAAAUGAUUAUAGGUGAAUAUAAUACAUAUGUAUUAUCAUAAGUUAUUGUUUAUCUCUUUUUUCAUUAUAGAUCUUUACAUAUCCUGGGUCUUAUCCAAGGUUGCGUUUAGAAAAAUAUGGUACGGUUUUUAUUUUUAUCAGUUGUGGAGAAUAACUCCAUGUGAAUUAUGCACCUAUCAAUGUAAACCCCGUGGGGGGGGAGCAUGGACCAGGGGAGUGAAUUUGAUGAGCGGGAAUAUUCUCGCUGUCAGACGUUUCAUUGUGUGAAGCGACACUGGGGUGGGUUCCUUAGACGGUGAGCGGCAUCGACCUGGUAUAAUUUCAUUAGCAGUCACCUAGGCCAUCACUAUCGGGCUUGAUAUGUUAGCUNAUCCUCUGACUUUCAUGGUGGAAUUCGAUUUCAAUCGAGUUUUACAAUCAGAUGGGAACUUGAAGAUAAAAACUUCCACAAAAUAGACAUUAUCUGUUUAGAUGACAGUUUAAAGUAUCAGAUUAUGGCGAUUAAAACAAAUGAAAACUUCAUACCUUUCUCCAACAACGUGACUUUCAGGAAGCCUCGAGGGACUAGCCUGAGUAUCAGGCCUUCAAGGGACGGACUUGGUAACUGCUUCUGAAUUGAUACCAGGCUUCUGUCGGUCAAAGUCAAAUGUCCCGACCCCGGGGUCGCUUCACACGAUCAAAAGCCCGACAGCGGGGAUAGUCCCAGGCAUCAAAUCCCCUCCCCUUGCCCGCACUCCCCCCCCACGGGGUUUACAUUGAUAGGUGCAUUACACGGUAGCCUGUAAGAGUACCUAUUUUUAAGCCUAGGCCAAACGUCAAACUUUUCAUGAGACGAACCAAACUUAAUUUGGGUCGACCUAAAUUAAGUUAAGAUCGUCUGUUGGGUCAGACGUCGAAUUUAUCAGCUAAGUCAGACCAAAAAGCAAUUUUAGUCGGCCAGUAAUAAAUUUUCUCCCUAACAUUUCAUACAAAUUUUUAAUUUGUUAGUUUGGUUCGUCGUAUGUGAAGAUCGAUGUUUGUCCCAGAGACGAUCUUCAGACAUUCUAUCCGUCUGAAGCAACUCGAUUCGAGACGGAUACAACUUGUUGGACGAUCCUAACUCAUUCAGACGAAGUUAACUGAAACAGACAUUGAACUUUUCAUGAACUUAACUCGUCUGAUGCAAAGUUCGACGUUUCGCCUAAUCUUUGGCGUGAAUCUCGGUACUUUUUGCCAGCCAUUUGUUUCGGGAGUAGCCGGAACAUGCGUUCAAUUGCUCUCUACUCGGAGACCCAGGAGCAGUCAGUUGGAUCAGGAGAAAAGACGCCAAUGCUUGAGAACUUUCGUAGUACCUUUUCUCCCGACCCAAGUGUACUGAGUCUCCUAGUAUACUCCCUACAGUAAUACAGUGGCUUUCCCUAGUUGUGACUGACUAACGAUGGACCUACAAUAAGCGUGAAAUGUUGGUCCAAUAAGCAGGUAGUUGACUCAUCAUAUAAAAUACUGACAGAAAUGACACGCAACUAUGACCUAUCGUCUGCCAAAUAUGACGCAUAUGACUUGAACGCCCUUUGUGCCCUUUUAACGACUUGCUGAAUCAAAAACGUUUCUUUAAGUAUAGAAAUUUCUAGAGACUCAGAGCAAAAUUUGAAACAAAAACAAACAUUUCGUUUGAAUGACUCGAACUUCAUCAGCCACGUGAAGUGUCAGGUAGCAUAACAGAAGAGUUGUUACGUUUCCCCAGGAGAGGAUUGAAAAUGGCCGGUAGACGUUAUGGCUAGGUCAGCUUAAAUGCCUGUAUUGCUUCGUAAUAAAGAAGUGAUUGAAUUUAUGUUUUGGGUUAGGAAAAUUGAUCUUAAUAACGGAGUGGCCAUAUCAAUGAGGUGGUCGUAUAUGAUGGGACCAACAUCCACAUACAAAUUCUCAUAACCAUUUCUCUUGAUCGUUAGGAGAAAAUAAAUGUUAGGGACUUGAAGGGACAUAGUCAGCUAUGGGAAUGCGCUGACCUGGACACUAAUUUUGCCAGUUUGAAAUACUGAAACAAUUGAAAGAAUGACAUGUCAUUGUUUUCUGCGACCAAUCAGGAGAGACCUUAUGAGCAGCUCUUACACAACUGGUUUGAAAAGCGUUUACCUCAACCUGAAAUCAAAUGUACGCGUCGGAUACAUCUAGAAGAGCCGCUUCAAUCUUUCCCAGUGUUUCAUUCCAUCCUCGAUCUUUUACUGAAAACCUCUUUUUCAGCAAACGUUUUCUCAUCCUAUAACAUUAACUUCCUAUCAUUUUAACAAUAAAAUGACUACUGAAUACGUCGGAUUUAUUUAUUUAUUUAGGACCAAUUUGUGAAGAAAAAAAGAAAAGAGAGGAUUUGGAAAGGCCAGCAAGCUCCCAACAUAAACUGCAGCAUCGUUAAUUUUUCAUAUUAGUUUGAUGUUUGCCGGUUUUUCAUAACCAUUAUCCUCCACUAACUUAUAACCAUAAGUUAACAUAGGUUAACUAAGGCCAGGUCAUCCCUUGGCCCCGUCAGAAGAUUUCUUUUGUCUCGUUUUUUGGGAGGCUUUUCUAUUGGAUUUAUUUAAAUUUAAAAGCGGAGUUUCUUGAUACACGAGGAUUGUUAAUCAUAGAACGGCGUUCUGAUUUUCUUUAUAAAUGUCUUUUUAGCACCUGAUCCCCCAGAGCCUUCACCUCUUCCUCCAACCUCUGAAGGUAUGUGGCUCUAUGUCGGACUAUUAUGCCGUAACAUCUUAAGUGAUAAAUUGCUCUAAAUUUUGGCGCGAAAUCUCAACGUUUAUUCAUAAUUUCAAAAUCACUAUGGCAACGUUCCGAAUGGCUCCGCAGUGCCAAUAUGGCGUCACGAGCGACUGGACACAGGAAUGACUCCGAUCUUUAAUUAAAAGAUAGAAAACGUAAUGAGAUAAUAAUUUAAAAUUGACUUUCCACCGUUUUACUCGAUGGUGAACGACAUCACCGAGAUGUGUGACUUCUGUUUCGUUUUUCGUUGACAAGUCACGGGGAAAGAUUCCAAGUAAAGCAGACACUGAAAUCAAAGUAUAAAACAUUUUUGUUUGGUAUAGAAAAUUCCAAAACUCAGAGCAAACAUUACGAAAAAGAGACGAAUAUUUAGUGUUCAGUAGUAAUGAGAAAAUAUUAUCACAGCGGUCACUUCGGACUGCGAGAAUACAGCUAGAAUACUCUGAGCUAUUUGGGUAUGUAACCACUGAUUGGUAACUGUGCUGGAAUGGCGGGCUCCGAAUGCUGAUUAAACGAUAUGGUUAAAUUUUUAUUGUCAAAGCUAAAGUGCAACCAUUGCGUUUUGUUUUCUCCCCCUAUUUGUUUUAGGAGGUUCUCAUACCAAGAUUAUAGCCGCAGCUGUAGGAUUGUUUGCCGGCCUUGUGUUGCUAUUUGUUAUUGUGAUGGUUUAUCGAAAACGGGUCAGCGUUUGCCAAACUUUUUCGCGAGGUACGUGAAUGUAUUCUAUAACUACUGUUGUCAAUUGGUACCUGAGGCGUCCAAAGACAAACAGUAAACUACCAUAAUAUCAACCUUUUUUAAAAAUUUUCAAAACACGUGUGCAAGAUUUUUCCCACCAGUAAUAUCAAAAGGCCUAAACUUGGUAUGGGAAGGACAAUAAGUAUGAGCUUUGUUAUAGUCACCCAUGUGUACUGACGUGAUAAUUGUUGGCCCCGUCGCGGAGUAUUGUUCAGCGGAUUGUACACGUACUCUUAAAUGAAACUACAUCUUUGCAUUUGCUAAACAUUGUGUUGUUUAAUGAUGGUUUUUUUUUAGGAAACAGAAGUAUCUUGGAGAAUGUUAAGAUUAAUAACUCAUGUUGUGUAGGUAUGUACUGUAUGACUACCUUCUCAAUUCGCCCCUCUUAAAUUAACCUCGAACUGGAGCACUGCUUUGCAAUUGGAAAUUUUAACACAAUUUAGCAUUUCUUUGUAAAUUUGACAUUUUUCGUACACUUCCUAGGUGACUAGUCCAAUUCUGCCCAACGUUUUUUGGAUAUUCAUGGUUAAAUCAGCCAUUGAUAGGGCUCGACUACUGUCUGCGGUGCCGGAUUGAGUUCGAUCAUCGGGGCCGAACCAAUACUCAGAGUGUAGAAAAAAUCUUACUAAAAGAGAAGGCACUUUCUUGCAAACGGACAGAGCCUAGCGUGACUCGGAUGAUUCGGAUAAUUUCAUUUCCCGUACGAGAUAAAAGAUUUAAAAAAAUCAAACAACAUCAGGAAAAACAAGCGGUGUCCUCAGAUACUUAGAAAAGCCAUUAAUUAUCAGAAUUUCGAUCUAAUGCUCAUUUGGUGAAAGUUCUUAAACUGUUUAAUUAACAGCCUUUAUUACGGACGAUUUUCACUUACUCAUCGAAAUAUUUGUUUUACAGAUGAUGAUGAGGCAAACGGAAAUGUGCAAUUGCUGCCAGUAAUUAUGAACAACUUACAACAGUCAGGUAAGACAAACAUCGUCUAUUCAUUACUAAGACCGAACGUAGUGUGGAAAUCAAUAAGCGACUAUGUUUAUGCUGUACUCCUACUGGAAAAAGAGGCGUCGUUAGCUAUCAUGACAGUAAACUUCAAAUCAUACUGAGACGAUGUAUUCCGCGAUGUUUUACAUCAUCGAUGCUUUGGCAGAUGUGAAAUAAAGUCCAUACCGUUGUAUGAAAUUGCUCCAAAUUCACAACUGAAAGGCGAUAUUGUGCCGUCUGGUCGCUUCGGACGAUCAAGUGACAGUGGGUCUGAUCCCUCUAGCAUCGGAAAUUUCAUCAUCACUAUCAUCAUCAUCAUCAUAGUCAUGUACAUUCUCCAAAAGUAAUGAUAGCAUCAUUAUCAUCGUGCAUCAUCAUCAUCACCAUCGCCACGACGAUCACCGUCACCAUUACCAUCAUCAUCCUUAUCACCACCACCAACAUCAUCACCAUCAUCAUCACUUUCGCCACCACCCGUACCGUCAUCAUCACCACCUCCACCACCAACACUAUCAUCUUCGCCAGCACCACCACGAUGACCAUCACCAUUAUCAUCACGAUCGCCAUCACUAUCACCAUAACCAUCACCAUCACAACCACCAUCAUCACUAUCACCAUCACCAUCACCACCACCAUCAUCAUCACCACCAUUAUCACAAGUACCAUUUCCAUCUCCAUCACCAUCACUAUCACCAUAACCAUCACUAUCACAACCAUCGCCACCACCAUCCCCACCACCAUCACCAUCACUAUCACCAUAACCAUCACCAUCACAACCAUCGCCACCACCACAACCAUCACCACCACCAUCAUCACUAUCACCAUCACCAUCACCACCACCAUCAUCAUCACCACCAUCAUCACCAUUACCACCACCAUCACCAUCACUAUCACCAUAACCAUCACUAUCACAACCAUCGCCACCACCACAACCAUCACAGCCACCAUCAUCACCAUCACCAUCAUCACCACCAUCAUCAUCACCAUCAUCAUCACAAGCACCAUCUCCAUCACCAUCACUAUAACCAUCAUCACCAUCACCACCACCAUCACCAUCAAAAGCACCAUCACCAUCACCAUCACUAUCACCAUAACCAUCAUCGCCAUCACCAUCACUAUCACCGUCAAAAGCACCAUUUCCAUCUCUAUCACUGUCACCAUAACCAUCACCAUCAUAACCAUUGCCACCACCACCACCGUCACCGUCCCCGUCACCGUCCCGAGUUUGUUUGGUAUGAAGUGAGCUUACUUCGAUCAAUUUACUCAAACACUCACUCUUCUGCUCGGAUGGUCUGCAUAACUUUGCCGCCGUCAAAUGCAGCUAUUGACUUUUUUGGUUUGGCCGGAAUUGAGAUACAGAUGUCCUGACGAUAAUCACCAUCACCGUCACUAUCACCAUCGCCACCACCACUAUCAUCAUUCAGUUCUUAGAGUUCGAUUUACAUAGGUCAGGUGUCUUACUUAGGUUGCCUUUCUCAGUUUCUGCUGGUAUUUUCCUUUAACUUUGUCAUCCCUAUAUGAAAGAAAAAGGGAAACUAAAAUAUGCCCACUUCCAUCUCUCAUUUUACUGAAGGAUUAAUAACUUGUCUUUGAUUUGUUAAUAGGUCCCGAACGUUUCUACGCGUGUUAUUACCCAGAAAGCGAUGAAUUCCAGAAGCUUGUGGCUUCUGUGGUGAAUUUCUUUAGAAUGAAUGGUUACAUGGUUGUAAUGGACGUUAUGAGCUGCAGCGAAAUGGUAAAUCUUGGACCAGAACGAUGGGCAGAACAGCAGAUUAAAAAAGCAAGCAAAGUACUCGUGUUUCUGUCACCUCGACUUUUACGUUUGUGUGGUGCAGAGGAGGACGAAACACAAUACUCUAGUCAGGUAUUGUCAUAUAAUUUAUAAUAUGGUUUUUGAGUUGCUAGAAGAAGUCAAUUAAAGAAAUGUCUGCAAUUAAUGGACGAUUGACGUCACGCAUAGACAGCGGCGCGGCGGCUCAGCUGGUUUUGCAGUGCGAAGCUCAAGAAAGUGGAGGAAGCUUACUGAAAGAGAAGCGAAAAUAAACAAGAAAACAGCUCAGAGGAUCGUGGAACUGAGAAAUGUUGAAAAGUAGUACAAUUAGAAGAGAAGAGGACUAGUUAUGAGCUUGAGAAUGUUUAAUUGGAACGACAAAAUAAAUAUUAGGUACGUCCGCUUUCGUAGGACAUAAGAAUUUGGCAUAUCUUGAAGAGAAAUGCAAGAGAUUCAAGUUAUCGUCAUCAAAAAAAUAUCAAUUUACCUUAUCCACUAAUUUUGAAAUGGGUUUCCAGGAAGAUGAUAUUAAGUUGAAAUCGUCGAAAGUAACGAGGUAGCCGACAAGCCAAAUUGUUAUUUUAUUACACCUUUUGCUGUUCAUUACGAGAAAAUACGCAAUCACUUGGGUAUAACGGCGACCAAUAGUGCGAAGAUACAUUCAAUAGCGCGAAAAUACGAACAUUUGCGCAUAAAUCAGAUUCAAUUACGAUUUUUGCAUUUUUAUCAACACUCAAUAACACUUUUGGGCAUUCAUGUGCGUCUUUAGGCAUACGAAAGACGAGAAAUGUACUUUCAUUAACGCCAACACCAAAGUCAUUAACACCAUCUUGAAAGUCAAUAGGGACAACUUACAUACAUUAAAGUGCAGACACUAUUCAUUAACAUUUUUAUGACACUGUUUGCAAUUCAACAGCAUUCCUGGACAACCUUAGGAUGGAUAAGACAAACAUUAAUGUGCUUGUACAAUCAAUUGAGUGUUCUUUACAUUUAAUAUGCAAAAAUCGAUUUUCAAUAAAAAAGAAAUCCAAACAAAUUUGGCCUGAGUUUCAGUCCGUUAAAUAUAUAUCCCUCAAAUACCUGGCUAUUUAAACAUUCUGGGAGGUAGGUUUGCAUGAAAUGGUACCCCUUAGCACAUUUAGCAGCUGUCACAACGUCAUGUUUCUGCGCACGGCUUCAAGCACUGCAGUUGUUGUUUCCGAACUCUGCUAGUGGGAUUGCUAGGGCUUUGCCCUCAUUCCUGUUAUACGCUUUUAAAUUUCCGGACUCGAGAUGUCGGCCUUUGGUGUCGCUUUAAGACAACUUAAAUCCAGGAAGUCACCGAAAAACCGACACAGUAUUCAUUACUCCGGCAGCUCCCGAGAAAAGCAUUUGAUAGGUAAUAUUGCCAUGGUCAUAGUCAAGUUUCGUCCUCGCUGGCCGCACACUUGGCGGUUCGCCCUCCACUCUCUGUCGCGCCCAACCAUGACUUCUGGCCGUGUAGGGUAAAUGUAUAGCCGCAGCCGUCGACGAACACACAGUAGCGAAGUACGGCGUGAUUCUUUAAACAACUUCAGGCCAAUUUUUUGGGGGAAUUGGUAUUGUUUAAUUGAAAACAUAUUUUUGUAUAUUAAAUGUAAAGAACGCUCAAUUGAUUGCGCAAGCGCAUUAAUGUUUGUCUUAUCCCUUCUAAAACUGUCCAAGAAUGCUACUGAAUUGCAAACAGUGUCAUAAAAAUGUUAAUGAAUAGCGUUUGCACUUAAAUGUUUGUCUAUUGUGCCUAAUGAUUUUCAAGAUAAUGUUAAUGAUUUGAAUGUUGGUGUUAAUGAAAGUAUAUUUUUCUCUUUUGUAUGUCGAAUGACGCAAAUGAAUGCCCAAAAGUGUUAUUGAAUGUUGAUUAAAAUGCAAAAAUCGUAAUUGAAUCUGAUUUACGCGCGAAUGUUCGCUUUUUCGCGCUAAUGAAUGUAUCUUCGCGCUAUUGGUCGCCGUUUCACGCAAAUGAUUGCGUAUUUCCUCGUAAUGAACAGCAAAAGGUGUACUAAAUUGUUCAUUUAUUUAUCAUAUUCAUUUAUGCCUUCUUAUCUACAGGAACACAAGCGUGUUUGGUAUGAAGUGAGCUUACUUCGAUCAAUUUACUCACACACUCACUCGGCUGCUCGGAUGGUCUGCAUAACUUUGCCGCAGUCAAAGGCAGCUAUUGACCCUCAGGAUUUUCCUCUCUGGGCGGAAUUGAGAUACCGAUGGCCUGAGGAUAAGAGAAGAAUCUUGAAUCGCUUGAACGACAGACCUGUAAUUCAACCUUUGUAG